AACAAAAUGGCUGCCAACAACGAAGACGUGCAGCACAUCUCCUCGGCGUGUGCCAUAGCUAAGCAGGCUCUCGAAGCCAUCGAAAAUCUUCACAAUAAUGAUAUUAGAAAUGUGGCAGCGUUGACGGCCACCAACAGAGCUUCGACUUCCUUUGUCCCAUCAUCAAGCCCUUCGAUUGCAGCAGAGCUCUCACGCCGAUUUCCAACUUUCAACGCACGUGGGGCGACCGCAACUAGAAAACGAACUUCGGCGGGUACUUUUACAAGUUCCAUGUCCCGAGGAAACAGGAAUGGAUGUCCCAGUAAAACAAUCUUCCACAAAGACUUGGUGAUAAUUCCAAACCCUAAUACAAAUCAAGUACCAAGUCACGUCAACAAAGUGAAGCUCGAAGAAAGGGGCCUGAUUGUCCACCAGUUUCCUUUCAAUAAAGACUGGACUUACCUAGACUUAAAAAGAAACAUUGAAAGUCAACUUCCAAGAGAGGAUAUUAUGUUUGAAUACCUCAAGGCUUGUUAUGGAACUCUAGUAACUCCUAAACUAGCAAAGGGAGUUAGAAUGGAUGGUGAAAGAAUAACAAAGCUCUCAGGUCAAGGGAGUGUGUACAUCAGAUGUCUGGAACCCUUUGAGGAGGAAGAUAGGGAUGAAGAUGAUGAACAGCUUACGAUACCAUCCUUUAAUCAAUGCACCGGUGACCUCUCAGAGACCUCUGUUAAUGCAAAUUCCUCAUCAUUGCAGCAUCAAAACAGUGAAGCUGAAUACACAGACCCAGGGGAACUACUUAUCUUUGGAGAUGCAAUGCCCUUCUUGUCAGAAAUGGAGAACAAUCAGUCAGUUAACAAUUAUGAAGCUGUAGUUAAUGUUGAUGAAAUAUCUCCACCAACUUCACCAUCAAAUAAUGGUGAAGUGCCCUCUAAAGUCAUAAGAAUUCACAGGUCACUUGCAAGGGCUGAUAUGCUUAAGAUUUUUUCAGAUCCUUCCAUUUUGAAGUCCAGUUUAAAUGCCAUCAUUAUACAUCAGCUUGGCCAUGAAGAAGCUGGACAGGGAAAUGGGGUCUUGAGGGAAGUUUUCUCCUUGUUCUGGAAGGAAUUCUAUGAAUCACACAUGUUGGGGGAGAGUGAAAGAGUCCCUUAUAUUAGGCAUGAUUUUGAUAGCACUAAAUGGGAAGCAGUGGGGAGGAUACUUGUAAAGGGAUACACCAACAGUCAGUAUUUUCCUCAUAAAAUAAGCAAAGCUUUCAUAGCAGGUUGUCUUUUUGGGGAGGGAAGCAUUACCCGCGAAAUGUUACAGGAGUCCUUCAUGCGUUAUGUUUCACCAUCUGAAAGUAGUCUAAUAGAAGGCUGCUUGGCUGACAGUAUCACUUGCGACAAUGAUGAGAUGCUUGACUUUUUGUCAGCAUUUGACUGUAAGAGAAAAGUCACAAAUAGCAAUAUAAUAGAAAUCAUGGGAGAGAUUGCUCACAAGGAGAUAGUGCAAAAACCCCAAUAUGUGAGUGACUGCUGGCAACCAAUUCUUGCUCAUCUAAAGAUUUAUUUCCCAGAUGUAAAAUCCCUACAUCAAUUGUAUUCUUCCAUCACACCAAGUAAUGUUAAAGUUAUUGGCCUACUUGAAGCCAGUCCAGCUACAGCAGCUGAGACAGAAACACUGGCCCACCUGAAGAGACUCAUUAGGGGGCUUGACGAAGCCAAGCUUACCAAAUUUUUGAGAUUUACAACUGCAUCUGAUGUUCUUGUCACAGACAGGUUGACAAUAACAUUCACCAACAGUGAAGGUCUACAGAGAAGGCCCAUUUCCCACACCUGUGGCUACACUUUAGAGGUGCCCACCACAUAUGCUAGCUUUUGUGAGCUCAGAGAAUAAUUCAUGGCCAUUUUGAAUUCAGAUAGUUGGGAGAUGAACAUAGUGUGAACAAAUAGCAUAAAUGUA